GCGCUUUGCCGGAAGCAGUUGUUGACGCUACAAGCGAGCCAAGAUGGCGGAGUACCUAGCAUCCAUUUUUGGGACAGAAAAAGAUAAGGUGAACUGCUCUUUUUAUUUUAAAAUCGGUGCCUGCCGACAUGGUGACCGUUGCUCCAGAUUACAUAAUAAGCCAACCUUUAGCCAGACAAUUGCCCUCCUGAACAUUUACCGGAACCCUCAGAACAGCGCCCAGUCUGUGGACGGUCUGACCUGUACCAUUAGUGACACGGAGAUGCAGGAGCACUAUGAUGAGUUUUUUGAGGAGGUCUUCACAGAGAUGGAAGAAAAGUACGGCGAAGUCGAGGAAAUGAACGUCUGUGACAACCUCGGUGACCACCUCGUAGGGAAUGUGUAUGUGAAGUUUCGUAAAGAGGAGGAUGCUGAGAAGGCUGUGAUAGACCUAAAUAACCGGUGGUUUAAUGGACAGCCCAUCCAUGCUGAGCUCUCUCCUGUCACAGACUUUAGAGAAGCCUGCUGUCGCCAGUACGAAAUCGGGGAAUGCACUCGUGGUGGUUUCUGUAACUUCAUGCAUCUGAAACCCAUCUCACGUGAACUGAGGAGAGAGCUCUACGGCCGUCGAAGGAAGAGCCGCCUCAGGUCUCGUUCUCGAUCGAGAGACAGGCGAUCUCGCUCGAGGGACAGGGACAGGGGCCGAGGAGGUGGCCGUGAUCACGAGAGACGUCGCUCCAGAGACAGAGAACGUUCAGGGCGAUUCUGAACUACAAGCUAUGACUCCCUGUAUCCAUCCCUCUGUUUUUUUAAGUUUGUACCCUUGCAGAUCUGUUUUGGGACUAACUGAAGGGUAGCUGUUUUGAAGAUGUGAAACCACUGAGGAGCUUGUUUUUUCUUGAUUUCUGAAAAUGACUUUCACUUCAUUAAAUUUAAAAAUUUUUACCUAA